GACCGACACCUAAGCUUCCACCUCUCUCUCUGUCAAUCUUCGCCCUCUUCCACCUAGUCUCGCCCUUUCUGGUCUUCUUCCCCUCCAGACUCCAGUUGCUUCCACCUCCCCGAUCCUUCGUCAUUUCCCGUCGAUUUCAGCCGCCUCCAUCGCUUGCCUCGCUGGUCGCCUCCGCCUCUAAUCCCCACCCAUCUAAGAGCCAGUCCAUCCCUCCUCCUCCAACUUUCAUUCCCUCUCAGGCCCUGAAUUCCAAAUUGACUAGGCUGAACAACACAGGGGACCGAGCUAUUGCAGCGAGGAGAGAAAGAGGUAAAUCGAUCAUCUUAUUUGGGGGGAGGCGUGGCGGCUAUUGAAGGAUUCAUUAAGGAUAGUGGUGCGGGCGAAUUCGGCGGGUGGUGAUGAAGGCAGAGAUGGAAUGAGAUCUGUACAAUCUUUGUAAAUCUCGGCGUGGAUUGAAUGGUUCGUUGAUAUAUCGGAGAUAAAAACCCAUUUCUCGUUCUCUUCGUAGCUGCAACUGCACUUUGCUUGUGAUUGGUUUCCGAAGAUGGACGAGUUUGGUGUGUUGACUGAGCGAUUUGGGUUGAAGCCCCAGGGAAAAUCUGCUCCAAUGGCCGCAUCAAAACGACCCAAUAGUGCAACCGCUGCCCCAACACGGAAUUUGGCUUCCGGUUCGCCUGUCAAUUCCCAGUCAUCGCCCGCUUAUCCCUCCACUGCUGCGUACGGCACCAAUUCAUUUAAUGGGAUUUCUGUCGGUGGUAACGGGGACCUGUUCGGCAAUCAGAAAGCUCAGAGCUUUGGAGGUUCGACCGAUGGGUUCGAGGUUUUUGGUGGAUUUGACAAGGGAUCGAAGCAGAGUAACGGGAGUUCUUCUUUUGAUUACGAUUCCAUAUUUUCUGGGCACAAUCAUUCUAAUGCAAGAUCGUCACUUGAUAAUGAUGAUAUAUUUGGUGAUGGGUUGAAGAGCUCCAAUGCUUCCAGUAAUGAUGACUUGUUUGGGUCGUUUGCUUCCAAUCAGAAGCAGAGUGUCCCUAUCGAUGAGUUGUUCGGGAAUUUCGGUUCGAAGCCUAGUCCUUCUCUGAAUAGGAAAGGAUCAUCCGGGUUUGAUGACUUGCUACCUGGGUUUAAUUCGAGCAAGACAUCAGAUAAAAGAGAAAAUACCAGAACUACUAAAUCAAGCUUCAACUCAGCAGAUGAUCCAUUUGUAGUCUUGGAAUCAUCUUCUUCAACCACCACGAAUUCCUCAUUUCUGGAUCCACUUGAGGAGUUUAGUAAGUUUGCAAGUUCUGGAGUUAGCAAUACAAAACCUGCUGGCUCUUCAAAUGUUUCAACAUCAUUGCGGCCCCCACCAAAAUCUGGCCAAGUUCUGAAGUCAGUGAAAGUAAAAAAUUCGCGUACAUCUUCAAUUGACGAGUUUGAAGACUUUGCCACUAGUAGAGUGCGAGCUACACCUAACAAGCAAUCAAAUGACAAUCACUCCAGGGAAGGCAGAGCAAGAGAAAAUGCUAAAACAAGCAAAUUUAAAGAAGCAGAAAAGGAAAUGCCCCUGAAGAGUGUGGAUGAUCUAGAAUCCUUUUUUGGAACGAGUUCUAGAUCCAGCAGUGCACCAAAAUCUCGGACUGCAACUUUGGAUCCUCUAUUUGAUGCGACCCUUAAUACCAGAGGUAAACCUCAAGUCUCCAAUGGAAGGGCUUCUGGUGUUUCUUCAUCUGGUUUGAAGAAAGCUUCUUCUGAAACUAAUAUGUUUGACGACUUUUCUUCGCUUUUUGGAGACGCCUCUUUCUCUGGAGAAUUUGAAGAAGUUGAAGGAGAACCUGAGGAGAGACGAAAAGCAAGGUUUGAACGUCACCAGAGGACACAUGACCGAGUGUCAAAGGCAGUUGCUGAUAUGAACCAGCGUGACUACCAAACUCAACGUGAACAAGAAGAGAGGCGGAUGAUUGCUGAGAAAAUGGAUCUUGAUAUAAAGAGGUGGGCUGCUGGGAAGGAAGGCAAUAUGCGGGCCCUGUUGUCAUCUUUGCAAUAUGUGCUCUGGAAUGGAUGUGGUUGGGAGCCCGUCUCUCUGACUGAUCUGAUUACAUCGUCCUCAGUCAAAAAAGUGUAUAGGAAAGCGACUUUGUGUGUGCAUCCUGACAAGGUUCAACAGAAAGGUGCAACUCUUGAACAGAAAUACAUUGCCGAGAAGGUCUUUGAUAUCCUCAAGGAAGCAUGGAACAAGUUCAACAAGGAGGAGCUAUCUUAACCUUCAGAAACCAACUUGUCAAUGAGUUCAAGACUCUACCGAGCUCCAAUUAGGAGGGAAGAAAAACGCACGAUUCCUUAGGAUAGUGCACAGUUGGCCGUGGUUGCCAAGGUGGAGGUGAAGAUGCCUACAAGAGCAUAGAGAGAAGCUGGGUGUCUGAGUCUCCAUGGUGUGGAAGUUGAUGAUGAUGUCUUAUUACGAAAAAGUUUGCUAUGACAUCAUUUACGAUGCGUUGCAUGUCACGUGUACCAUUGCAUUGCAGACUUAUCAGUCAGGAACCUUGUUUGAGGGUUUUUAACCAUUUGAGCUUCGUCUUCUGCGAAUUGACCAAGUGAUGUUGCAUGGCAUGGCUUUUCGGUUGCUGACUGGGUAACAGGGGUCUUGGCAUAUGCUGUAAGAGUUAUACUUCAGUGUUUCUUUCUUUGAUGAGUUCCUUGUAAAUGAAGUUAAACACUUCUAUGUUGUAAGAGUUAUACUUCACUGUUUCUUUAUUCUUUGACGAGUUCCUUUGCGAAAUAAUUCCACGAGCAAGUUUCUUAUUUGUUUGCACUUUGCACAUCUACAAGAGAUUUCAUUUAUUAUCUUCAGUGUUG